CGCCUCGGUUGUCAAACAUGGCUGAAGUGCCGCCGCUGCCGCUACUGCUGCUGCAGGGAAAAUGCUGAGCCCUCCCGGACCGGGUGGGCGGCGGCGGCGAAGGCGGCAACGGGCACCCGCUUCCCCGGCGCGGCGGCGGCGGCCAUGGCCCGGCUGGCCGACUACUUCAUCGUAGUAGGCUACGACCACGAGAAGCCAGGGUCAGGAGCAGGUCUGGGGAAAAUAAUCCAGAGGUUUCCACAGAAGGACUGGGAUGAUACACCUUUUCCACAGGGAGUUGAACUGUUUUGUCAACCUGGAGGGUGGCAGCUGUCCAGAGAGAGGAAGCAGCCAACGUUUUUUGUGGUGGUCCUGACAGAUAUUGACUCAGAUCGACAUUACUGCUCAUGCCUAACCUUUUAUGAGGCAGAGAUCAAUCUUCAGGGAACAAAGAAAGAUGAGAUUGAAGGUGAAGUGGAAGUGUCUGGUUUAAUUCAGCCUGCAGAAGUGUUUGCUCCCAAAAGCCUGGUGUUGGUAUCCAGAUUAGAUUAUCCAGAAAUUUUUAGGGCUUGCCUGGGUUUGAUCUAUACUGUAUAUGUGGACAGUCUGAAUGUCUCCUUGGAAAGUCUCAUUGCAAACCUGUGUGCGUGUCUUGUCCCAGCGGCUGGAGGGUCUCAGAAGCUGUUUUCCUUGGGUGCAGGAGAUAGACAGCUGAUCCAGACUCCCUUGCAUGAUAGUCUUCCUGUCACAGGCACUAGUGCGGCUCUCCUGUUCCAGCAAUUGGGAAUUCAGAAUGUCCUCAGCCUCUUCUGUGCAGUCCUCACAGAAAAUAAGGUUCUCUUCCAUUCUGCAAGUUUCCAGAGACUUAGUGAUGCUUGUAGAGCCCUGGAAUCAUUAAUGUUUCCUCUUAAAUAUAGUUAUCCUUAUAUUCCUAUUCUCCCGGCUCAGCUACUGGAAGUUCUGAGUUCCCCAACGCCUUUCAUUAUUGGAGUACAUUCUGUCUUUAAAACUGAUGUUCAUGAGCUUUUAGAUGUAAUCAUAGCCGAUUUGGAUGGAGGCACUAUUAAAAUUCCUGAAUGUAUUCACCUCUCUUCCCUUCCGGAACCACUUCUACAUCAGACUCAAGCAGCUCUUUCUUUGAUUCUACACCCAGAUUUGGAAGUAGCAGAUCAUGCUUUUCCCCCUCCACGAACAGCUUUAUCCCACUCAAAAAUGCUGGAUAAAGAAGUGCGUGCAGUUUUUCUUAGAUUAUUUGCACAGCUUUUCCAAGGGUAUAGAUCAUGCUUACAACUCAUAAGAAUUCAUGCAGAACCAGUAAUACAUUUUCACAAGACAGCUUUCUUGGGACAGCGUGGUUUGGUUGAGAAUGAUUUCCUCACAAAAGUUCUCAAUGGAAUGGCAUUUGCAGGUUUUGUUUCAGAAAGAGGUCCUCCCUAUAGAUCCUGUGAUCUUUUUGAUGAGUUGGUAGCUUUUGAAGUAGAGCGAAUUAAAGUUGAAGAAAAUAACCCACUGAAGAUGAUAAAGCAUGUCAGAGAACUUGCUGAGCAACUAUUCAAAAAUGAAAAUCCAAACCCUCAUAUGGCGUUUCAGAAAGUUCCACGUCCAACAGAAGGAUCCCACUUGCGAGUUCAUAUUCUUCCUUUCCCAAAGAUUAAUGAAACUCGGGUACAGGAAUUAAUACAGGAAAAUCUUGCCAAGAACCAGAAUGCACCUCCUGCUUCAAGAGUGGAAAAGAAAUGUGUUGUGCCCGCAGGUCCGCCUGUUGUUUCAAUAAUGGAUAAGGUGACAACAGUUUUCAACAGUGCACAGAGAUUGGAAGUUGUUAGAAACUGCAUCUCAUUCAUAUUUGAAAAUAAAACAUUGGAGACUGAAAAGACUCUUCCUGCUGCACUGAGAGCCCUUAAAGGAAAGGCAGCAAGACAGUGUCUCACUGAUGAGCUGGGUUUACAUGUUCAGCAAAACCGGGCAAUAUUAGACCAUCAACAGUUCGACUACAUAAUAAGGAUGAUGAACUGUACUCUACAGGAUUGUUCAAGUUUAGAAGAAUAUAACAUUGCUGCAGCAUUACUCCCUUUGACCAGUGCUUUCUAUAGGAAACUGGCCCCUGGAGUCAGCCAGUUUGCUUACACCUGUGUACAGGACCACCCCAUUUGGACGAAUCAGCAAUUUUGGGAGACAACCUUUUACAAUGCAGUGCAGGAACAGGUUCGAUCCCUGUAUCUCUCAGCCAAGGAAGACAAUCAUGCCCCACAUCUGAAGCAAAAGGGUAAACUGCCUGAUGACCAAUAUCAGGAGAAGACAGCAAUGGACCUGGCAGCUGAGCAGCUACGCCUUUGGCCUACUCUGAGCAAAUCAGCUCAGCAGGAGCUGGUGCAACGUGAGGAAAGUACUGUCUUCAGUCAGGCCAUUCACUUUGCAAACCUCAUGGUCAAUCUGCUAGUUCCACUAGAUACAAGUAAAAACAAGCUCCUAAGAACGGCAGCACCAGGAGACUGGGAAAGUGGGAGCAACAGCAUUGUCACAAACAGUAUUGCAGGAAGUGUAGCUGAGAGCUAUGAUACAGAAAGUGGGUUUGAAGAUUCAGAGAAUAAUGACAUUGCCAAUUCUGUUGUGCGUUUUAUUACCCGAUUUAUUGACAAAGUUUGUACAGAGAGUGGAGUUACUCAGGAUCACAUCAAGAGCCUGCAUUGCAUGAUACCAGGAAUUGUAGCUAUGCACGUUGAAACCCUAGAAGCAGUGCAUCGAGAGAGUAGAAGACUUCCACCUAUACAGAAGCCCAAGAUUCUUAGACCUGCUCUACUGCCAGGAGAAGAAAUUGUUUGUGAAGGUCUUCGAGUCCUGCUGGAUCCUGAUGGAAGAGAAGAAGCCACUGGAGGCCUUCUUGGAGGCCCUCAGCUCCUGCCAGCAGAAGGAGCCUUGUUCCUCACCACAUACAGAAUUCUGUUCAGAGGGACUCCCCAUGAUCAGCUAGUUGGUGAGCAGACAGUUGUGCGAAGUUUUCCCAUUGCCUCCAUCACCAAGGAGAAGAAGAUCGCAAUGCAGAACCAGCUACAACAGAACAUGCAAGAAGGAUUGCAGAUCACAUCAGCAUCUUUUCAGUUGAUUAAAGUAGCAUUUGAUGAAGAAGUGAGUCCAGAAGUGGUAGAGAUCUUUAAGAAACAGCUGAUGAAGUUUCGUUAUCCUCAGUCCAUUUUUACCACCUUUGCUUUUGCUGCUGGACAAACUACCCCACAAAUAAUUUUACCCAAGCAGAAGGAAAAGAACACUUCCUUUCGCACCUUCUCAAAAACAAUUGUGAAAGGUGCCAAAAGGGCAGGGAAAAUGACAAUUGGGCGGCAGUAUUUAUUGAAGAGGAGGACAGGGACAAUUGUGGAAGAGAGAGUGAACCGUCCUGGAUGGAAUGAAGAGGAUGACAUAUCUGUUUCAGAUGAUAGUGAACUCCCCACAAGUACCACCCUGAAGGCUUCGGAGAAAUCUACAAUGGAACAGUUAGUGGAAAAAGCUUGUUUCAGAGACUAUCAGCGUUUAGGUUUGGGAACCAUAAGUAGCAGCUCUUCUCGCUCAAAACCAGAGUACUUUCGAAUCACUGCCUCCAACAGGAUGUAUUCACUCUGCCGGAGCUAUCCUGGCCUUUUAGUUGUACCUCAAGCUGUACAGGACAGUAGUUUACCAAGAGUAGCCCGCUGCUAUCGACACAAUCGCCUGCCUGUUGUAUGUUGGAAGAACUCAAGAAGCAGUACCCUGCUUCUCCGAUCUGGAGGAUUCCAUGGGAAGGGAGUAGUUGGCCUUUUUAAAUCUCAGAACUCCCCUCAGGCAGCUCCUACCUCCUCUUUAGAAUCUUCCAGUAGCAUAGAACAAGAAAAGUACCUGCAAGCCUUACUGAGUGCAGUUUCUGUCCAUCAGAAACUCAGUGGCAAUAACACCCUUACUGUCAGGCCAGCACUUGCUCUGUCUCCAGGGACUGAAAGGAGGACUUCAAGAAUGUCCACUGUGCUUAAGCAGGUAGUGCCAGGACAUUUGGAUGUAAACCCAUCCAAUAGCUUUGCUCGAGGAGACCUCCAGGUUCAUGGCCUUAUCACUAAGCAUUACCCUGUUGAAAACAUUGUUCUUUUACCUAUAACACGUCGUCUGCCUAAUUCUCUGCAUCUUCAUCCACAGAACUUCAAGUUAGAAUUUGCUUUAAAUUGUGAGUUUGUUCCUGUUGAAUUUCAUGACAUCCGACAAGUGAAAGCCAGUUUUAAAAAACUGAUGAGAGCUUGUGUCCCAAGCACCAUCCCUACUGACUCAGAAGUGACCUUCCUGAGAGCCCUGGGAGACUCUGAGUGGUUCCCACAGCUUCACAGGAUAUUGCAGCUCGCUGUGGUUGUAUCAGAAGUACUUGAGAAUGGUUCCUCAGUUUUGGUGUGUUUGGAAGAAGGCUGGGACAUCACUGCACAAGUGACCUCCCUGGUUCAGUUACUCAGUGAUCCCUUUUAUAGGACACUUGAAGGCUUCCGGAUGCUGGUCGAAAAAGAGUGGCUCUCUUUUGGUCAUAAAUUCAGUCAGCGGAGCAGCUUGACCCUCAACUGUCAGGGCAGUGGUUUCACUCCAGUCUUCCUACAGUUCUUAGAUUGUGUACACCAGGUUCACAACCAGUAUCCAACUGAGUUUGAAUUCAAUCCCUAUUACUUAAAGUUCUUGGCUUUCCACUAUGUGUCUAAUCGCUUUAAAACAUUUCUCCUGGAUUCAGACUAUGAAAGAUUAGAGCACGGAACUUUAUUUGAUGAUAAAGGAGACAAGCAUGCCAAAAGAGGAAUUUGUAUUUGGGAGUGUAUCGAUAGAAUGCACAAGAGGAGUCCCAUUUUCUUUAAUUAUUUAUAUUCACCAGUGGAAAUAGAGGCCCUGAAGCCCAAUGUAAACGUUUCCAGCCUCAAGAAGUGGGAUUACUAUGUAGAGGAGACCCUUUCCACAGGGCCUUCAUAUGACUGGACAAUGCUGACCCCUAAGCAGUUCCCCUCCGAAGACUCUGAACUGGCCAGAGGAGCUGGGCCCCAGAGCCAGAGGAGAACAGUGUGGCCAUGCUAUGAUGAUGUCAGCUGUGCUCAGCCCGAUGCUCUCACCAGCCUUGUCAGUGAAAUUGAAAGACUGGAGCAUAAAUUGAACCAAACACCUGAGAAGUGGCAGCAGCUAUGGGAACGGGUAACUGUGGACCUUAAAGAAGAGCCCAGAGCAGACCGUCCCCAGAGACACCCUUUGGGCUCCCCAGGAAUUGUGUCUACCAACCUCCCUUCCUAUCAGAAGAGGUCUCUGCUGCAUCUCCCGGACAGCAGCAUGGGGGAGGAACAGAGCGCCAGCAUCUCCCCAUCCAACGGAGUGGAUCGGAGAGCAGCCACGCUGUACAGCCAGUACACGUCCAAGAAUGACGAAAACAGGUCCUUUGAGGGAACGCUCUACAAAAGAGGGGCUCUGCUGAAAGGUUGGAAGCCCCGCUGGUUCGUUUUGGAUGUAACGAAACAUCAGCUGCGAUACUAUGACUCGGGUGAGGACACAAGCUGUAAAGGCCACAUUGAUCUGGCUGAGGUAGAAAUGGUCAUCCCUGCUGGCCCCAGCAUGGGAGCCCCAAAGCACACGAGUGACAAGGCUUUCUUUGAUCUCAAGACCAGCAAACGUGUGUAUAACUUCUGUGCCCAGGAUGGACAGAGUGCCCAGCAGUGGAUGGACAGGAUCCAGAGCUGUAUCUCUGACGCCUGAUGCCCACGGUCAACCCAAACAGAAGAGGGAGGAGGGGCUUGUGCUGCCAGAUAGGAAAAAAGUGUGUGAGUCCUUGAGGAACUGACAGCUUCCUGCUGGUUCUGAUGAGUCAUCCUAGGGCCUAAGGUUCUCCUACCCAGACUUACCCAUUCCCCUCUUUUAGCAGUUGCUAAGUCUGCUUAGCCUGAAUGGAUGUGUUACACAGGUCUGGCCAAGAGCCCUAGGCCCUCCCUGUAUCUUGCACUAGGUUGUUCUAACAGGGUCUUCAUGGUUAGGGAUCAGAAGAAUGCUUCCUGAGCCGACUGUCACCCAUCCCCUAGGCAAAGUGGCUACCACCUACCUGGGUCCUUCUUCAUGAAAGAUAGAUCCUUUUUGUUCUCCAAGGUCCUAAUAUCCUUGGAGAGCUUUCUGACAAGCAAAAAUCAAAAUCCUAUCUUAAUCCUAAAAGACUAUCUUCCAUUCUGCAUAGAACAGGUUUUCCAUCAAAGGCUCCUAUUCUUACUGUCUGACCUUAGAGAUGCUCAGUUCUCUGGUGCUGUCAAAGGUGCUUCCGUGAUACCUGCUCGACCAUUGGGGUUCACAGCAAGACCAUCAGUGCUCAGUGGCAGGCAAAGGGGGGCACACAAGAUUAUCCUGAUGGAAAAAGAUUGUCCAGAGAAUGAUGCAGUAAUCACCAGGCCAAUGCAGGAAAAUACUGUUUCCAAAACACUGAAUUUUCUAGGCCAGAGGUGCCCUGAGGACGCAGGACUUUGUGUUCCCACGUAUUCUUCUGCUCCCCGACAGCUUCUUACACAGAAUAACAUGCAGAACGCUGAAUGCACUAACUCACAAAACAGACACUUGCACUGAACUAAUAAAGUGAAGAUGUUUGAGAGACAGAAGCCAGCUGUUUAUGACCACACGACCCCUAUGACAACAGCUGUGUAAACCGAGGUCGCACUGUGGCGUGACUGGAUACCCAAACGGCACCUCUGCACAUGAACAGUAGGGACUUGUUUGGUCUUUAGGUUUUCUUUACUUUUGAUAGCCUGUGUUUGUUCAGCUUAAGACACCAGGAUUGCUGUUUCUCACGGCGCACAGAAACAGCUUUUCUGCAACGGCCGCUGCGGUUGGCUGGAGUCGUAGGUAGCUAGAUCAUUACAUUUGUUUUGAAAUGUUAAUAUGUUAAAUACCAAACUAAUAUUUCAAAAAUAUGUAUAUAUGAGUUCUUAUAUCCUUGUUUUUCAGAUAGUCUGCUUAUAAUUUAAUAUAAAAUUAACUGAUUCAUUCAUAAAAUUUCAGUAGUGAAAUGGUUCCCUUUUUAAAAAGCCGCUUUGUAGAUUAAAAAUAAAUCAGAUUUUCAAAUUUAAAAUUAUCUACACACUAGAAAAUAGAAUUGUGUUAAUAUAUAAGAAAUUGGGGGAUGAUAAGAAUGAAGGGUUUUUCUAUCAUUUUCAUUUUAUAAAUUGCCACCUGUGAAAAUGGUUUUUGCACAUUAUUUGUAUUUUUCUUUGUACAUGAAAUAAUUUUUUGUACUCUGUAAAAUAUGGAGCCCGUUGUACCCUCAGCUAUUUGAGACUUUACACAGUGCUUCUUUUGUAACUGGAUUCUUGUAACUUUCAUGAAGGCGCUACAUGCCUUGCAUUCACUAACCACCUUGAAUUAAAUUUAUUUCUUAAGGAAAAGCAUCCCUCAUUUACUGAAAUAAAGUUCACUGUGCAUUGCUUA